CUUCUUCUUCGUCUUCAAGUUCAAGGGUCAAUCCUAUUAUGAUAUAUUUUAUCGUUAGUUUGUCUCGUCCUUCGUCGUCUUCACCCUCUCUCUCUUCCUCUUUUAUCUUUUUUAUAGUCUCCCACCUUCAUCCAAUCCUCGUGAUUUAACCUAAUAACCUGUUUGUCUACUUACUUGGCUUCACGGAGAUGGCAAAGGUGAUUCCACCCAUGGAUUUCCGCUUCAAUGGCGAGUUUUCUUCGCCGUUCUUGAGCGCCCCAUCCACUCCGAAACGUUUCGGCGGCGGCCACUAUCUGGUUGGCGAUCCAACCAGUCCGGGACACCUGCCGGACUUUGAUAUUAAUGGUGAUCUUGACCAUUUCUCCAUAUCUACCAGUUCAGUCAUCCCACUUGAAUGGGAAGAAAAGCCCGGAACGCAGAAUUUACCCCCCGAGGGAAACGACAGUAGUUUCGAAGAUGAUUUUGCAUUCCAUGUCAGUGACCAAACCAGGAAGACGACUCUCCCCGCCGAAGAGCUCUUCGACGGCGGUAAAAUCAGGCCUUUAAAGCCGCCGCCAAAGCUACAACCGAGCAGUACUAGCGGGCUAAUCUCGAAAGACCCUAAACGAACCGAGCAAGAGAGAGGAAGAGAAAGGGCGGUUUCGUCUUCGAAUAAAUCAAGGAGCCGGAGAGGAACAACAAGGUCACUAUCUCCUCUUAGGGUUUCGGCUUAUCCAUGGGAAGAUGAAGAAGGAGAAGAAGAACGGCAACCUCUGCGACAGAACUCAAAACAGAAAGGCUGCAGAAAAUGGAGACUGAAGGACUUUUUCUUGUUCAGGAGCGCAUCGGAAGGGCGAGCGUCGGAGAAAGACCCGAUAAGGAAGUACAGAGCUUUGCUGAAGAAACAUGAAGAUGAAAAGAAGAGCUCGAGCUUCAGAUCGAUUGAGGGAUCUUCGAACUCGAACGGGAGGGCGGCUGUUUCGGCUCACGAGUUGCAUUACACAGUGAAUCGAGCAAUUUCUGAGGAUCUCAAGAAGAAGACGUUUCUGCCUUACAAACAGGGAAUUCUGGGGCGCCUCGCAUUCAAUCCUGCCGUUCAUGCACUUGCAAAUGGCUUUGGUUUCUCGAGAAGAAGAUGAAUCGUUCUUGUGACAUAUAUACUAUAUAGUAAAAAUGAUGGUUUUGCCUUGCCACAAUAACAUCUUGAAUUGUAAAUCAACAUCUUGAUCUCAAAGCUCAAGUCAAGUUUGUAGACACAGAGAGAGAGAGGAAUAAUUUUAUUUUUUUAUAUUCCAUGUUUGAAAAUAUUUAUAGAUCUAGAGCAAAUUAGUACACAUCUAUAUAUCCAGAACUUCAUAUUUUGGCU